CUCAAGUAAUUCAUGGCUGUACGCGUCCAACGUGCGAAGCUAGGACGAGCGCGAUGGAUGGCGCAGAUCGCCUUCAAUGAGCGUAUGUAUCGAGGACUCGGCCCACAAUGAAUGUCCGAUGUGGUCAUGAGACCACGCAAGCAUGUAUACUUGGAACAGAGAUAACUCACACAGUACAGCAAUCUACCGCCUGUCGUACGUCACUCUGCCGCUCCGGAUACGGCUGCUCAUCGAUUGCACACUGACAAAAUGGAAGUGCGCGGUUAGGACGCCCACUGUAUUGCCGCACCCAUAUCUACUGCUGCAGUGACUCCUUGGCUCGACUUGCGCACCGACUCCGUCAUGGAUACGCAGUCCCCUGUGCGUCGAUCUGCCUCAUCGCCUUUCGAUAAUGAAAGCGCGGACCUGAUCAUUCGGACGUCCGAUCACGUCGAGUUCCGCGUCUCCAAGUUGAUUCUCAGGGAGGCCUCGCCAAUCUUCGCAGACAUGUUCACACUACCCGUGGCAGCGACACCCGAGGCCGACACGGGUGUAGUUGAUGUCGUCGAGAAGAGUACCAUCUGGGACUACAUUCUCCGUGUCUGCUACCCCGGACCCGUCCCGUCGUCGACUACCAUCACUCCCGAUCAGCUCUGGCCGCUGCUCGAAGCGGUCGCGAAGUACAACAUGAAAUGCGUCCACGAUGCCGUCUGCCAGGUCAUGUCGACUCCCCACAUGCUGGAGGAAGAGGCUCUGCGAGUCUACCUGCUCGCAUGCGGGUACGGAUUUCGCGACGUCGCCAUCGCCGCAGCCAGAGCCUGUCUCCGCCGGCCAGCCGACGAGAGAACGUUCAUACCGGAGAUGCGUUGCGCGACAGCCGCCGCAUACGUCAGACUGCUCCAGUACCGUGGCGACUGCGUCGAUACGGCCACCGCUUUUGCACAGGAUCCCAAGUUGUUCCUACGCUCUAGCUGGAAGGAGCACAUAGGGAGCUGGGCUACAGUUCAGUCGAUAUCUACCUCUCGCAAUCAUCCCGACCCGGCACACAACGAGGCAUGUGCAGGCCGCUCGAUGUUUUACAAGAUGGAGCCGCGUUCUUCCGCGGCUGGGAAGGACAAACACGUCACGCUUUGUCGCCGCGUACUCGAGAAUUUUAUGAAGCGCUCUGCGGAGGAACUGAAAGCUUCCCCGCACGGCAGCACUGUACUCAACUCGAAAAACAUCGCUGCCAUCGCGCAGGAAGCCUCUAUCUGCGGUGCGUGCAGAAAGGAUAGUCAGCCGGACAACAUCGUUCGAUUCCUCGAAUUCUACGCAUCGGAGAUAGAUGCAGCUAUUGCAAAGGUCCAACUCGUUGUGGAGCCUUGAUUGCGGCGGCGCAUCGCAGUGCUUCCGAUGUGGCAUGUCCCCCAGACUGUGUACUGAGUUGUAUUUGACUGCCAGUGAGAGUUGGGCAACGAAUCUUAUUGUAGUGGUUGUUUGAAGUGUUGAGUUCGAAACCACAGAGUUGCUCAGUGCACGUAGUAGUCGCGACCUUUCUGAAGGAAUGACCGGUUGGGACAUAGUAGUCGAAGACGGCUGGUCUUUUAUGUAAUCAACCUUACUGUAUUCAUUUGCCGCUGAUCUGAAAAGCUCUCAAGCUUUCUCACUCGCGAGCAUCAUCCGCUUACACACCG